AGUUUUUGUGGGUUCAUGUCAGAAUCUACCUCUCCAGUCUCCACCGAGCGAGGGUACGCGCGUCAUUGAACCUGCUCCGAGAGAGGAAAUCCCAUCCGAUUUCGAUUCGAUUCGAUUCGAAAGCCGGUUUUAGAAACCCCAUAUGGUCCUCCUGCGAACGUUUCCCGCUCAUCUUGGAAGCGCCUACAGACGUGAAGGAGCAACAAGGGGGUUGAGAACUGGCUGUGGACAGGUCGGAAUGCUGGGCAGCGAUUUUAGCAACUGGAGCUCUGUAGUUAUUCAGCAAACAUUGAGCAAUCUCGAAGCACAAAAAUGGCUCUUUCUUUAAGUUUCAACCGCUCAGUGUAUUCAGAGGUUGAAGAGGUUGGAUGGGAACAUUUGGUAAGGUUGGGUGAAGACCUAACAUCUCUCAGCUUCCGCAUCUUAGAUAAAAAUGGACAAGUGCAUAUUAUGGAAAUAAGAUUGCCACCAAAUUAUCCCAAAUUUCCACCUUCAAUUUCAGCGGAUGUGCCUUAUCUUUUUAAGUUGAAAUGGUUAACAAACUCAAGGCUGAAAGAUGUUGUGCACCAGUUCCUUGAGCAUUUGGAGAAAUUUCAGGAUUUUUGGUCUACCUUGGAAAAUAUAGAUAGAGUUCUCUGGGUUGUUGAUCCGAGACAACCAUCUCGUGCUACAUCAUAUCGCAAAAUCAACCUGGGGAAUGAUUGCUGUAUCGUGUUGUAUAUAAAUGCUUAUGACCCAAGGUCUUUACCAGAAUGUCGUUUCCUGGGUCCAGAUUCCAUAGUAGAUUCUAUGAGAAAGAAAUGGAGGAGCAAUGGCAAACGAUGGAUGAAGGACAAACCAUUCCCUGAAAAUCUUGUGAGUGUACUGGAGAUUGUACUGCCUGGACCUCCAGAUAUUCAGAAAGAUGAUCAGAAAUUUGAGUGUGGAAUUUGUUAUGCUCAGUAUCUCCCGAUUGAUGAUGACCUUGGAGCUAAGAGUGGAAGUUGUCCCGACUAUACAUGUGACAAUGCCAACUGCAGUAGAGCUUUCCAUAGCUUGUGUCUUGGGGAUUGGUUGCGUUCCAUCACAACAACAAGGCAAUCAUUUGACGUUCUAUUUGGUAGCUGCCCAUACUGUUCAGAACCAGUUGCAGUCAAAGUCAAUGCCAAAGUGUAAUAGUAUCUUUAUUUUUACUGUUAUUUUGCAUCAGAUUUGAUGUUGGAAGCCGAGAGCAACUCCUUUGGCCUAUGAAGUCGUUCAUAUGUUAGUGAAGUUUUUGCUUUCCGAGAUACUAUUAAGUCUAAGUUUCAAGGAGGACAGGCUUGAAGGCUUGAAGGCUUGAAGGCUUGAAGCUGAUCUAAUCAACCUGGCUAAUUGAAGUACUUAUGUAGAGAUUUUUUUUUUUCAAUGCCAGCCAGUAUUAUUUUGUUAGCCCGGAGCAGUUGCAAACUGGAACUCUUUGGACCAACUUGCUGACUGGCCAACUCCUCCAGUCUACGUUUUCGAAACAAUGAUUUUUAGAGUAACAAUUAGAAACAAUGAAUGUGUCUUUGGUGAAGUGUUUGUAGAAUACUGUUUGUAAGAGCACAGUAUGUUUUUUGAAUCUUAGUGAUUCCUUCUGGAUUGGCGGGAUCCUCUGAAACCUAA